AUGGCAACAAUGUCCGCCGCCUGCCACUCCCCAGCCCGGCUCUCCGUCUCCUGCUCCUCCUCCGCGCCGGGGCGCCCGCUGCGCGUGGCCGUGGUGGGCGGCGGCCCGGCCGGCGCGUCGGCGGCCGAGGCGCUGGCCUCCGCGGGCGCCCAGGCGUUCCUCCUGGAGCGCAGCCCGGCGGGUGCCAAGCCCUGCGGCGGCGCCAUCCCGCUCUGCAUGCUCGACGAGUUCUCCAUCCCGCUGGGCCUCGUCGACCGCCGCGUCACCCGCAUGCGCGUCCUCUCCCCCUCCAACCUCGCCGCCGACUUCUCCCGCGCCAUUCCCCCCGGCGCGCACAUCCCCAUGCUCCGCCGCGAGGUGCUCGACUCCUUCCUCCGCACCCGCGCCGCCGACGCCGGCGCCACCCUCCUCCCGGGCCUCGUCACCUCCCUCUCCCUCCCAACGGGCCCCACCGACCCGUACCUCGUCCACUACAUCUCGUCCGGCGGCCCCUCCCCCACCAGGAGCGUGCUCGAGGUGGACGCCAUCGUCGGCGCGGACGGCGCCAACAGCCGGGUGGCGCGCGAGGUGGGCGCGGGGGACUACACGACGGCCAUCGCCUUCCAGGAGCGGAUCCGGCUCCCCGACAAGGAGAUGGCGUACUACGACGACCUCGCCGAGAUGUACGUGGGCGGGGACGUGUCCCCGGACUUCUACGGCUGGGUGUUCCCCAAGUGCGACCACGUGGCCGUCGGCACCGGCACCGUCGCCGCCAAGCCGGAGAUCAAGAAGCUGCAGUCGGGCAUCCGCGCGCGCGCGGGGCCCAAGAUCGCGGGCGGGCGCGUGAUCAAGGUGGAGGCGCACCCGAUCCCGGAGCACCCGCGGCCGCGCCGCGUGGUGGGGCGCGUGGCCCUGGUGGGCGACGCGGCCGGGUACGUCACCCGGUGCUCCGGCGAGGGCAUCUACUUCGCGGCCAAGUCCGGGCGGAUGUGCGGCCAGGCCAUGGCCAAGGAGUGGCGGCUCACGGGCGCCGUGACGGAGGCCGGGAUCCGGCGCGGGUACCUGCGGCGGUGGGACGACGAGUUCCUGCUCACCUUCAGGUUCCUGGACCUGCUGCAGCGCGUCUUCUACGGCGACAACGCCGGCCGCGAGGCGCUGGUGGAGAUGUGCGCGGACGAGCACGUGCAGCGCCGGACCUUCGACUGCUACCUCCACAAGCGGAUGGCGCCACCGGAGCCGUGGGCCGACCUCCAGCUUCUCUGGCGCACGGCGGGCAGCAUGGUGCGCUGCAGCGUGCUCGGCAAGGAGGUCCAGCGCCUCAGGCAGCUCGACAUGAUGCAGGCUUAACUUCUGCAGCGCCGUGUACUGAAUAAUAAUGUGGUGAACCAAGAGCUGUAGUAGUAGCAUUUCUGCAUCCACGACAUGUAACGCAGUGAUGCGGCUCCGUGUUUUGUUGUCGUGGUAGCCUUGAUUUCAGGCAAUGUUAUGAACUGAAAUGGCAACUGCUAUAUGAUGAA